CGUUUUCGCAUUCUUGUCAUGGGCAGAGCAAAUGCAGGUAAAACAACUGUUUUACAGCGGGUCUGUAACACUACGGAUCACCCUGAGAUCUUUGAUGGAAACGGAGAGAAGGUAUGUGGGUGUGUUUUGUGCUGUCGUGGUUACCAUAACAUUGAAGAUGAGCUGGUGUUCAAAAGUAACCCGCGCUAUGUGUUCCACGACUCAUGUGGAUUUGAGGCGGGGAGUGAGGUAGAGUUUGAUAAGAUGAAGAAAUUUGUUACAGAUCAAGCAAAGUCCACCAAAUUGGAGAAGAGACUGCAUGCAAUUUGGUAUUGCAUUCCUUUGAAUGAAAGCCAUAGGAUGGUCAUGGCUGCUGAAAGGAAGUUUUUUAGUGAGUGUGAUUCAGGACAUGUUCCUGUGAUUGUGCUACUAACAAAGGCAGACACCUUAAAUCUUGAUGCAGUGCAGCAGCUUAUGAGAAGGGGGUUAACUCUAGAUGAUGCAAUGAAAGAGGCACCAGAGGUAGAAAAACAGCUGCAAAGGGGCUGUCUUGAAAAGAUCAAGGGGUGGCUGAAUGAACUGAAGUUUCCACCUCAAAGCUACCUGAUACUCACUGGCAUGGAACAGGAGAGUGCAGACUGUGAAGAGCUAUUGAAAUGCACAGCAAAUGCUUUGACUGGGGAAGGGCUGCAAGGACUGCUUAUAUCAUCACAGCAAUCAAACUUGGGACUCUGCAUGGAAUUUGCCAUAAUGAAGUGA